AUGUUGACGAGAGGAAGCCCGGCAACCUUUUUUUGCACUCCGCUCAAACACCAGGUUGGUGCCAUAAGGGCAACGUCAACCAAGCACAUCUUGCUGAAGAACAUCGGUGAUGCUACGGUCAGCUUGGUGGCGUGGUAUUUACUGGGGUACGGAUUCGCAUUCGGGGAGGAUGCAGGGCACUUCAUUGGGACAAGCUUCUUUGUUUUCACAGGGAGCCCAUUCGCGGCAACCUCGGGGAACAGCACCGCCGUUUCUUUCCUUGAUUGCCUUUUCCAGUGGUCGUUCGCCGCGACGUGUACGACGGUCGUUUCAGGUGCUGUCGCCGACCGCAUUCCUGUCAAGGCCUACCUCGUGUACGCCUUCUUGACUUCAGCGCUGUUCUACCCUCUCCUCGCCCACGCGGUGUGGGCGGACGACGGGUGGGCCUCACCUGCUAGGGAGAAUCCAUUGUUUGGAUGCGGUGUGAUAGAUUUUGCCGGGUCAGGCAUCGUGCACAUGCUUGGUGGUGCCAUCGGCCUUUUCAUCUCGAAAAAGGUGAGGAGCCGUCCAGGUCGAUUCUUUCCGCCUAAGCAUUGGGACGGCACGCUCAAGAACCACACCGAUCAGCCCCAGCUCAACGAAGCGGGCUUCCGUUCGAAUGAUGCUACGUGGAUGACGUUGGGGACCUUCCUUCUUUGGCUCGGCUGGUAUGGUUUCAACUGCGGAUCCGUCAGCGAGAUUUCAACCACCGAAUCUCAAAAUGCCGCCGGACGUGCUGCCUUGAACACGUCGAUCGGAGCAGGCGAGCACUGGGUCCUCCUACAGUUUUACACUUGCGAAGCCCCCAACGACUCACUUAAAAAAUCGUGGUCGAUCACAUUUGAAUACGCCCGUGGGGGCGCCUCAAUUCAGAUUGAGCACCGAACACCCUCAUACCGUGCUCAACGGUGGAGGUGUAGAGCUUGGGGGUGUGCGUUUUCCAUGCUCUUCGAGCUUGGCUAUCACAGGUGGUCACCGGAGUAUCGUAGAGGUGACGACAUCGAAGAUCCGCUCCACGUAGCCACGUUCGACGUCGACGGGGGUGAAGAAGCUGACCGCGCCGAGCGAGUGCGUCUCGCAGAGAAUGACCUAGGCGAGAAAACUCUGGCAAUAAUUGCCAAGCACAACGCCGAGCACGAAAAAGAAGCCUUUACGUGGCCCUGGAGCACCCACAUCAACCUGCACGGGGCCGCCUGCAAUGGAAUUCUCGCGGGACUUGUCGGCAUAACAGCAGGUGAGAACACGGACGUGCCGAAAAUGAUGACCCGCUACUCCCACCAUGUCGUAUGCUCGACGUGCGUUGCCUGCGAUCCAGCUUCGAUGGAGAAUCAUAGAUCCAGGGAAACGGAUGCGUGGUGGCGGUGGUGGUUGUGA